AUGACGCUUGCCUGCAAAACCCCACUUUUUUUCACUUCACUCUCUUACUUGCACAAGUUCGUAGUCCAGUUGAUUGCUUAUUUUGCUGAGCGAAGGAUAUCUAAGGCAACUCUGCAGAGAAAUGCUGUCAUGCAAAGAUCUGGCGAUCAGGCUGUCAUUGCUUUCACUUACAGAAGGAAUGGGGUGAUUGUUGGGUGCAAGUACCGAACCUUGGAGAAAAAGUUUUGGCAGGAGAAGGGUACAAAAAAUUGGUUAUAUGGACUUGAUGACAUCAAGGAAGCUGCUACAGUCGUUAUUGUUGAAGGUGAAAUAGAUAAGCUUGCGGUGGAAGAAGCUGGUGUCUAUAAUUGUGUAAGUGUUCCUUGUGGUGCACCCCAGACGGUUUCUGCCAAAGAAUUGCCAACAUUGGAAAAGGACAUUGCAUAUCAGUAUCUAUGGAACUGCGAAGAGUACUUGGAUAAGGUAUCUCGCAUUAUCCUGGCGACUGAUGUUGACGAUCCUGGCAAUGCCUUGGCUGAGGAGCUAGCACGUCGGCUUGGAAAAGAAAGAUGUUGGCGAGUGCAUUGGCCAAAGAAAGAUGACUUUUCUUGUUUCAAAGAUGCAAAUGAGGUUCUCGAGUGCUUGGGACCAGAAGCUUUGAAGGAAGUAAUUGAAAAUGCAAAACCAUAUCAGGAAUACAUGGAAUGAUCAAUUUAAAGGGGGAUUCAAACUUAGUUUUUUUUUUUUAAUUUUUUUACAUAGGGUAAAGCCUUAAAGUUUGGUGUGGCAAAAAAUAGCCGUAAAAUAUGGAACCUUGUCAGGAAGAACAUACAUGAGGAACAUAUUUCAUGUGGUGGGGAUUUUUGUUGUUCUUGUGUAGGCAUUCUUUUCCAUUGCCCCCACUGGAGAAUGUCUUGACUUGGAAUAAUUUGACAUGCCAGUGUAUAGCUUAAAGGCCAAUUAUCAUGGUGUAUUUUAAUUGUUUAGUUAAUUGAUUGAAUGUUGAUGGAA